UCACCAUUGAAACAACUAAGAAAGCGUUAUAACAGUCAAAAAGUAACUUCUCGCGUGAUUCUACGAGAAAAAUUCGCCAUGUCUGAAUCCACCCCAAUCUGUCGGUGCCGCGUCCUCUACUUGGGAUCGAGCGUACCACAACAGACCAAGGACGGCCUCCAAGGUAUCCAGGAGCCGCUGCAGGAACUGUACCCCGACCAGGGGGCCACUGGAGCUAGAGGCAUAGAUUCUUGGUUGAGUGUGUGGUCGAAUGGGAUCCUUCUCGAGAACGUCGACGAGAACCAUAAAAAGAUCACACGGUUUUUCCCCAUAGAAAGUCUGCAUUAUUGUGCGGCAGUAAG